AUGUAUCUGUCGUUGCACCCUCAGCAUUGCUAUGUUUACUUGAACUUUAGGAACCCUUGUAGUUGUACUAGAACGAAACAAAAUCAGGCGUGUAGGGGUGUAGUGUCAGUGUUGUCGAGAGGAAGCAAUUGCAAAUCAGGAAGAAGAGAAACUGCAGUGGCAGCACGAGACAGGGUAGUUGAUUUCGGGAAAUACAAGGGGAAGAUGCUGGGAAGCCUUCCAUCAAGCUACCUGAAGUGGGUCUCGAAGAAUUUACGAGCAGGGGAUUCUGAGGAGUGGGCAAAGCUGGCAGACCAAGUCCUUGGAGACCCAAUCUACAGAGACCGCAUCGAGUGGGAGUUGGCUCUCAAUGUGUUGAAUGGCAAUUCUUCUUCUUCGAGACAACCCACCAGUACUAGAGGAGGAGCGGUUUCUGAGCUUGAGGAGAUAAGUGAGAGGUUUGGUUGGGAUAAUCUUGACAAGAUUGGUUGGGGCAAACUUGAUUUCGACCUUCUCGGCACAUCUAAGGGUGGUAGAAUUCCCAGACUUGUCAAUCUCAAUCUCAUUCAACCCAAACAACAAAGAGUCAGAGACAACCACACACCAGAACCUCAACCUAGUAGGAGAACGGAGAGAAGGGAGAGGCGGAAAAUGAUGAAAUUGAGGACACAGGAGGAGGAAGCACAAGCAGAACAACAGCAGCUGAACAACAAUUUCCAUAAGAGUCAUACUCAUAGCCAUAGGGAAGAAGAACAAGAACAAGAUGUGAAGAAUGCUCCCAUUGCCAACCCAUUCCCUGGACGUCAGGCCCUUCUGCGGAGGGCCAUGAACCACCGCACAACACCCACCACCAUUACAAGAUUCUGAACACCACCGGCAUUGCAUGCCUUUCUUCUUUUCCUUAUUAUUAUUAUUAUGUAGUUCCCAUUUUCGCAUUUUCAAUGAAAUCUUUACCCAACAUCUUUUCCAAUAUAAUACUAUGUGUGUGUCUGUUUGGCCUUAUGCGGAGUGCCAUAAAUUAAGAAUUGAUUUAGUAA